UCCCGUCCGCCGGACCCCGGGCAGUGCAAGACCAAAGUGUUUCCCCGACAGUCUCCCUCGUCGUCUGGGAAGAGAUACCCUUGGCGAAUCAGCACGGGCACCUCACCCACUACACAAUCUACCUGAACCUCUCCACCUCCAGGAACCCCAAAGAAUACGGGCCCAUCGACACUGGAGGAAGGAGCUACACACUGGAGGGACUGGAGCCCGGGUCUUUUUACCAGCUCUGGAUGACGGGUUCCACCUCUGCCGGGGAAGGCCCCCCCACUCCUGUGCACGGAUUCCACACUCCCGGUGCCCGUUGGCAGGUCUACUUGGCGGCCCUCUUGAGCGUGGGGUUCCUGCUCCUCCUUGCCGUCGUGGUGGUGUUCCUGAAGCGUGGAUGGUUCCUGAGCUUCUUCCGCAAAGUCCUGCCCUUGUGGUGCUGGCAACGGGUUCCGGAUCCAGGACACAGUCUGGUUAUCGCGAAGAUGGAUCCGCAGGACGAGGCGCUCGCUAAGGACACUCCCCAUCUGCCCACCUCAACCAAGCAGCCGGAGGAGAUGGAAAUCCUGAAGAUCACAGAACCGGCCCCGCAAGAGACAAUCAGCCCCGCCCGGGUGCCGUUUUCCGAUUAUGAGAAGCAUUUCCUGCCCACCCAGGAAGACCUGCAGAGACUGACUUGAAGAAAGGAGGAGAAGAAGAAGAGAUUGGAUCG